GUUGUGAUCAGAGUAGUGUCUGCAGCAUUUUGUAGCAUUGUGAGUGACCAAAAUCUGGAAGUACCUCGUUUUAUAAGUACUUCCACAGUUCCUGAAUCGAUCAUUGUUAAAGUUAGUUUACAAAAGUGAUUCUUAUUACGGAAAUAACAUCAGUUUCAAUGUCUGUCCCACACCGUCCAAGUUCUCCAUUUGGCCAACCAGCUAGGACUUCAAGUCCAACACCAAUAUCUACCCAAAAUUUAAAUUAUAAUCGUCAAGGAUCUUCCGGGUCAUUUGGUUCAGGAACCUACGAUGGGCAGUAUAAUCCUGAUCGUUUAAUUGGAACUGACCGAUUCGGAUCAUCGUCAGAUCGUUAUGGAUCUCCCGAUCGUUUUGCCCCUCAAGACCGUUAUCGAUCCUCCGAUGACCGUUAUGGAUCGACAGAUCGUUAUGGUUCAACUGAUCGUUAUGGGUCUACUGAUCGCUAUGGUUCAACUGAUCGUUAUGUGUCAAGCGUAGAUCGUUAUAUGGAUCGGUAUGGUUGUACUUCGCUACAACUUUAUGGGUCACCAGGAAGUCGUUAUGAUCGUUAUGAUACUUUUGGUAAUCACUAUUCGAGCUAUGGAUAUACACCAUCUGGCCACCGUAUUCAAACAUUCCGUUAUGGACCAUCGUUUUAUGGGUUUAGUGGUGGAUUUGGAUCGGCUGCAGAUCGUAAUAGAACUAUUAACGAAACUGGCAAUCAAAACUUUAGCGUUUCACGUGGAUUACCACGUGUUGAUUGCAGAAAUUGGUCUAGAAGCCUGAUGAAUCGUUUUAAUAUUGAACAUGAUCGUCGCCGUCGAUUUGAGCAGCCAUUUCAUAGCUGGUUCUCGCAAUCUGGCUCACAAUCGACCCCACCAAGUGGAAUCGUACCACAUGGACAAGAACCAAUCAAAGUUGAACUAACCGAAUUUUAUGCACAGGAUAAUUCGAAAGAACACCAUACUGAAAUGUAUGAAUUAAUACAAGACAACCCACCAACACCAAUUUAUCGUCGUGGUCAAACAUUCUUCUUUGCAAUUCGAUUUGAUCGUCCGUUUGAACCACAACGUGAUGUUGUUCGCGUUAACUUUGGAUUUGGUCCAAAACCAACUGUGACAAAAGGUACCCGUGUUAUUCUUCCUGUGACCCACCAACAUGACAAUUUAGGACCCUCUGAUAGACUUCGGUGGAGUGCAAACAUCCAUCGACAGGACUCGAAUACAAUUACAUUACAAGUGUACAUUCCAUGUACUGCUCAAGUUGGUAUUUGGCACUGCACAAUUGAAACAAGCCGCCAAGGACAACGAGAAUUACGAUACGAUUACGAAUGUGAAGAUGACAUUUAUGUUCUGUUCAAUCCUUGGUGUAGGGACGAUCCUGUUUACAUGGAAAAUGAGACACAACGCCGGGAAUAUGUGUUAAAUGAAACUGGUAAAAUUUGGUGUGGCUCUUACAGGCAUCCACGUGGUCGCCGUUGGGUCUACGGCCAAUUCGAUGACGUCGUCUUACCAGCGGUUAUGUAUUUAUUAGAACAAUCAAAUUUACCCCAUCCAGAUCGAGGCUCUCCGGUGCAAGUAGUCCGAGCUAUAUCAUCUGUUGUGAGUGCAUUUUCACGUAAUCGUAAAAAUUUAUUCGCAUACUCUAACAGAAAUAAAUAUGACCGUAAUUAUUUUCGAAAGAUCAACUCUAUGGACGAUUGCGGUCUAUUAGAAGGUCGAUGGGAUUGUAUGUAUCAUGAUGGAACCAAUCCAUGUUCUUGGACAGGUACUGUUGCAAUUAUGGAACGAUAUUUACAAGAAGGCGGUCGCCCAGUAAGAUAUGGACAAUGUUGGGUAUUCUCUGCGGCUUGUGUUACUAUCUGUCGGGCAUUGGGUAUCCCAUGUAGAUCUGUAACCAACUACGUUUCUGCCCAUGACACAAAUAGAUCUUUGACAAUUGACAAGUACUUUGAUCGCGAUGGUAAUGAAAUAUUGCAUGGCCCCGAUGGUGAUUGCAAUGAUUCAUGUUGGAACUUCCAUGUGUGGAAUGAUGUUUGGAUGGCACGACCUGAUUUACCACCAGGUUAUGGUGGUUGGCAAGUUAUUGAUCCAACACCUCAAGAAGACAGUGACAACUUUUAUCGAUGUGGUCCAGCAUCUUUGGAGGCAAUUAGGCGUGGUGAAAUUGGUUUCUCUUAUGAUACUCCAUUCAUUUUCUCUGAAAUGAAUGCCGAUGUAUGCCACUUCCAAGAAGACGAUAACUCCGAUUGGGGAUUCUCAAGACUAUCUAUUAACCAAUACCAAGUGGGACGUCGUAUUGUCUCUAAACGUCCUGAUCGCGAUGAUGAUGAAGGGGAUAAUGAUAUGCAAGAUAUUACUCAAGAAUAUAAAAAUGUCGAAGGAUCUCAUGAUCAACGUUUGUCUGUAUUUAAUGCAGUACGAGGAGUUUCACGGGCACAGCAAUACUAUGAUUAUCCUGAUUCAAUGCACGAAGAUGUAUUCUUCGAUUUAGUUGAUAUUGAAUUUGUUCCAUUCGGUCAAAGCUUUGAUGUCAUCAUUAAUAUUCAUAAUAAAUCGAACGAUAUCCGAACAAUUCAAGCAUUCUUAUCAUGCCAGUCUGUAUACUAUACUGGAACCACUGCUUGUCGUCUAAAACGAGCCCAAGGUGAAUUUGUUGUACGACCAAAUCAACGUGAAGUGCUUAAAAUACAUGUCUCACAAAAUGAAUAUUUAGAAAAAUUAGUAGAUCAAUCAUUAAUUAAAAUUUAUGCUUUGGCAACUGUGAAAGAAACAAAACAAACAUGGAGUGAAGAGGAUGAUUUCCAUUUGAUGAAACCAAGAAUGUCGGUACAAAUUCGUGGUAGCCCAAGAGUGGGACAAGAAUGUAACGCAACAUUCAGCUUCCAAAAUCCAUUGAACAUACCAUUGACUGAAUGUUACUGGACUGUGGAAGGUCCUGGAUUACAACGACCACGCCGUGUACGCUAUCGUGACUGCCGACCCGGUGAACUGGUAUCCUUCACUGAAAUGUUUAUUCCACGACGCCCAGGUGAUCGAAAACUUGUUGCUACAUUUACGUCACGUCAAAUCAGUGAUAUUACUGGUAGUCAAACUGUUUUGGUACAUCAGUAAGACAAGUGGACUCGAAUUCGUAUAGCCAAAAAUUGCAGCAAACAUUUUUAUAAUAAAUACCGCAUCGUUCUAUUUGGCAUAUUUACUUUGGGUUUUUUAUUGUUAUGCUUUAAUAUUUGGCUAAUAUGAAUUUGAUGAUUGAUUUUUGGGACACAUGUCAUAGAUAAAAAUAUUUAGCUACAAAUAAGC